ACAUCUGCCCCAGCCCCAGCCCAGAAACAACAAACAGCCAACUUCCUGCGCGCCCCGGGGCGGGCGGGCGGAACCAGCGCGCGGUGGCAACGUGUUCAUGUGCUGAAGCAGCACAACAGAGAUGAGUCAGGCGGGGCUGCAGGGCCUGACAGGGUUUCCUUCCCCAGUUCCCCAGCAAUGCGUUCUUGGACGGGAGCAGCCGGGGGCGGGGGCGGGGGUACCCCACCUUCAAACCCCCAGGCAACAGGUCAAGCCGGGGACAUGCGUGCAAUGCGUAAAAAUAGGCAGGCGUCUGUGGGCCAGUUUCGGUAGCUUUUUAAAGAAACUGUUAGGGAGCCAGCCCCGUGAACAUGGGUGUUUUAAGUUGCACGUGCAUUUGAAGCUUACAUGGGUUUUAUACACACACACACACACACAUACGCACAUAUACAUGCAGGCUUUCACAGGGUAGACAGAGGUGCAUUAGGAAGUGAUCCUUUUCCAAGUGUGUGUUCAUUUAUUUUUCUCUUCUCUCCCCCCCCCCUUUUUUUUUCCUAUUUGCUUGUGGUUUUCAGUGGCAAGAACAGCAAGGAAAAGGAAGACUUCCCCUGAGCCGGAAGGAGAGGUCGGCCCCCCGAAGAUCAACGGGGAGGCCCAGCCGUGGCUGUCCACGUCCACGGAAGGGCUCAAGAUCCCCCUGAACCCGACACCCUCGUUUGUGUCUCCGCCGCCGCCCACAGCCUCGCCCCAUUCCAACCGGACCACCACGCCGCCCGAAGCUGCCCAGAACGGCCAGUCCCCCAUGGCAGCCCUGAUCCUAGUAGCAGACAAUGCGGGGGGCAGCCACGCCUCCAAAGAUGCCAACCCGGUGCACUCCACCACCAGGAGGAAUAGCAGCAGCCCGCCCUCUCCGUCCUCUAUGAACCAAAGAAGGCUGGGCCCCAGGGAGGUGGGGAGCCAGGGGGCCGGCGGCACCGGAGGACUGGAGCCCGUGCACCCCGCCAGCCUCCCGGACUCCUCCCUGGCGGCCAGCGCCCCCCUGUGCUGCACCCUCUGCCACGAGCGCCUGGAGGACACCCACUUCGUGCAGUGCCCGUCGGUCCCUUCCCACAAGUUCUGCUUCCCUUGCUCCAGACAGAGCAUCAAGCAGCAGGGGGCCAGCGGGGAGGUCUACUGCCCCAGCGGGGAGAAGUGCCCCCUGGUGGGCUCCAACGUCCCCUGGGCCUUCAUGCAAGGGGAGAUCGCCACCAUCCUGGCCGGAGACGUGAAAGUGAAAAAAGAGAGAGACUCGUGACUUCCCGGUUUCGGAAAAACCCGAUGGCAACCCUUAACGAAAACUGCUUGAACUGUAUAUAUAUAAUCUCCAUAUAUAUAUUAUAUAUAUAUAUAUCCAAGACAAGGGAAAUGUAGACUUCAUAAACAUGGCUGUAUAAUUUUGAUGAUUUUUUUUGAAUACAUUGUGUUUCUAUAUAUAUAUUUUUUUUUGACGACAAAAGGUAUGUACUUAUCAAGGCAUUUUUCUUCUUUUGUUAACGUUAUUAGCCUAUCUCUGUGCUUCACUAUCUUGGUGACAGUGACCAGUUCCAUGUAGGCUGUGACUUGCGCUGCUUUUUUAGAGCACUUGGCAACCCCCCCCCCCAACUGCUUCUAGCUGUAUUUGUAAUGCACUUAUUUUAAAAAGAAGAAAAAAAAAAGCCAAAUACAUUUUCUGACGUUGUAA